AUGUUUAAGUCUUCAACAUCUUUAAGCUUAAAAAGUGAUACAAUAAUUGCUGAAAGAUCAAUAUACACAAUGUAAACAAUCAGAACAAGAGAAAGUUCUAUUUAGUUAAGAAAGUUGGAAAAUAAUGAAAAAUAGUAGCAAGCUCGAGAGUAUUAAAACAGUAGUUGUUAUUAUGAUAAAAAAGAAUUAGAUUUCAAUAAAAAUAUGCAAUAACUUAAUAAUAAAACCUAUAAAAAUGGAAUAAUAGGAACUGAAAGCACUUAGAAAAAAAAAGAAGCAAGACUUAUCACAAAGACGAUGUAUUCUAAUUAGCAAGAAUAAAAAUAAAAGGAAUUCAUAAAAUUAAUAACAAUUGGUCUCUGUUUGGUAAUGAUAUCAGUAAUAAUCUUUCAUAAAAAAGAACCACAGCAGAUUAAAAGCUUAUUUUGA